AACAAAGGAGCGCGCCGCUAUAAUGUGUUGGCCCAGCCACUGCGCGCCCGCCCCCGCCGGCCGCUUCUGAUCUAACUAUCUGCGGGCGCCCCUCGAGGGGCGCGCAAAGGCGCCCGCGGCGACACGCUGCCGCGGCUUUCCGGGGUUUUGUUUCGACUCUGCCGGCGCGGCGCAAGGCUGGCUGCCCGUGAAGCCCUGCCAUCGUAUAUGCCCUUUGUUGUUUCGCGGCUGCAAAUUUUUGUUUGUCUCGCGAUCGGUAGCUCGCGCGCCAGCAAUCCACUACUUGGCUGGGGCCGGCCGCUUCAUCCCUUGCUUUGGCGGGCGCCGCGGGCCAUCAGCAGCCGGCGCGUAGAUUUCGGCUUGUGGCGGACUAGUAAGCCUCCGUUGGUACUAGGUGUUAACGACUCGACUCACCCAUAG